ACACCCGUCAAGUCUGCGGACCGUCAAAGUCAGCCAGGCGGAUUUGGUGCGCACACCUCGGCUUUUAUAAACAGCGACCCACCGGUAGAAUUCGGCGUUAGCGAUGUUUUUGAUCAAUUCACAAACGUUUCAUUAGAGAAGGUGUAAUGUUCCAUGGACAUUUCAUGGACAUAGGAUUCAGAAUAUGUUUUUUUUUAAAGAGAAGGCACUUCAAGUUAGACUAAUCAAGGAAAAAUGUUAGUUUAUGGAGAAAAGUUUUCAAAAGGUUAAAUCAACAAAAGAUAUUCGAAUUCAUCAUUACGCAAUUACUCCAGUAGCCUUUGGAGAAAGUCUUGCUGAUUUAAUCAGUGCGCGCCGAAAGGAAAUAAAGGAUAUUGCGAAAAUUAAAAAUGCAUUUUGAAGUCCAUCACAUUCAGCACGUCCUGCUAUUGGCUGCAGCCGUGACAUCGGUCCAGGUCCCAGACCCCUCCUUCAGCCUGUCCAAUGAGAGGACUUCGAUUGAGAGGACAUAUGAGCUGACCAAGUAUCUGGAGCAUCAGCUGAGAGAGAUAAAGGACACCUAUUUAUCCUACCUGGGCCCGCCGUUCAGUGACCCAGACUUCUCCCCUCCGCGGCCCAACAGCACAGCCCUGUCCUUACCCAGCGCGGCCACCCGUCUGGAGCUGUGGCGGGGCCUGGAGAACCGUGCAAGGCUGGCCCAGAACCAGAGGGCUUACUCUGUUCUGCUGGGGGCGGUGAGGGAGCUGGCCCGCUCCACUCUCUGCCCCUACCUCCAGAGCUCCCUGCUGCACUUUUCUACAGGCCUGGACGGUCUGUUAGGGUCUAUAUCAGGCCUCAUGAACACAUUGGGGUAUGCCCUGCCUCCUGCUGGGAUUGAGGCGCAGUACCCACGUAAGGGCACAGGGGGCGAUGGAGAGGCGACGGGACGCAGACCAGCUCCACUUAUGAGUCAGGGUCUCUAUAAGACAGGGGCGGAGAUGGGGGCGGGACCAAGGAGGCAUCCCCUUGAUGAUCAGAGGGGUGCUGGGACCAACAGAGGGCUGGUGAGAGGACAAAAGGAGGAGAGCACCAGGAGAGAAAUGACGGAGAGAAAGAGGGAGGGUCCCCCCCUGCUGCCGCCCCCUCCUCUGUCCCCCCUCCUGUCCUCCUCCCCUCUGCUGGCGGUGCGGCCGGCGCUCAACGACUUCUCCAGGAAGGUGGAGGGCUUCUGGGUGCUGAGGGAGCUGCAGAGCUGGCUAUGGCGCUCCGCCAAGGACUUCAACCGCCUUAAGAAGAGACUUAGAUGCUCCGUCAUAGCGCAAUGCGUCCUGUGCCAGCUCUCCACACUCACCGAGCUAGAGUGGGUAUCCAGCCAGGACGUGUUGUGGCAGCUCCACUCACUAAGCUGCCAGUACGUCUCCUCAGUCCGUGAUGAUCCCUGGCCCGAAGCGUCCAGUGAGGAUCCAUGGCCCGAAGCCUGCGGCGACGGUCCCCGGUCCGGAGCCAGCGGCGAUGAUCUGCGGCCAGGUUCCUCCAGUGAAGGUCCAUGCACCAGGGCUGCCACCAAAGCGAAGGGAUAUGCGGGCGGAGGGGAGUCUACGUCCCGCACCGGAGCCGCUGCCGGCAGGAAUACCAACCGAGCCAAGCAGCACUGA